CUUUCAGAUAAUUAGCAGCCUGUUCAGCUUCUUUUCCCUAUUUCUUUCUCUCAUCAGUAUUUUACAAAAAAAGUCUACGUGGUGCUUAUGCUUUAUCAGUCUAUUUUACCCCCAGUAUCAGUAGCAGCAGUAGAUGCUUUGGAUGUAAGUUAUACAAGCUUUUCUUUGAAGAAGGAUAUAUCCAAAAGACAUACAAUCGCUUCCUACUCAAAUCAUGGGUUCUACAGAAUAUUCAAAGAACCUGGUCUUCCUUUCAUUCAGCAACAACUGUCUAAAAAGGAUUCAAUGCUGGCUCAUAUUAAUUCAGUACCUGGGCAUUCACAACCUCAGAUCACCGGAAGAGAUAAAUGGCAUUUGAAACAGCAACAUAACAGUGCUUUACCCGAAUUUAGACAAUUUAAAAUCAAUCGAAUUCAAGACGAAGAUGUUUUAUCCGUUAAAGAGCAAUUAUUGCAACACUGGGAAACAAUCGAAGGCUAUUAUAUCAAGCGACUCGAUUCACUUCAGAAGGAAAUUAAUAAUGCCACUUUACACAAUGAGAAAUUAGCAUUGGCAAAGGAAGAGCUAGUACAAAAUGUACUUCAAUUACAUAAUAAAUCGAUGGAAUUAAGCAUCAAAAAUGAAUCUCUGACAAGAGCAAUAGCUGAACAUCAGAACCGAAUCAAUGCAUUUAUGUACAACACUGGAAACUAUGACAGUAGCAAUUAUAAAUAUGCUGGUUAUGUAGAUGGUGUCACUCUGGUCGAUUUACCUUGCAGUCAACAGCAAAGCAGUAACUCCCCACCGUCAACUCCACCUUCGCAGCAAACGAAUAAUGAUGAAUUUUUACAACCGCCUCCUGCUAUAUCAAUCACGGAACCUGCAGUAUUAAAUACGCACGCUAUUGCCGCAUCCACUGAUAUCACCAAUAAAUCACCGAAGAAAGAUUCAUCACCGGGUCUUUUUCGUCAACUAAGCCUUCGACUUUCGGGCAGAAGAAAGAGAUCCGUAAUGCGGCAUGAUAGCAGUAGCGAUAACGGCGUUCAAAUCAACGUUGUCCAGCCAAACAACUCUUCUACAAUUACAUCCAGUAACUCUAUUUUACAUAUAUCCAACCCUUUGUCAUCUGAAAAGCACCAUCAUCAUUUAUCUGUAAUACAUCAGCGAGGAACGAACAAUAAGGCUGCUGAGCAGCAACAACUUUUACACCCUGCUGCUGUGUUAAGCACGUCCCCAUUAACACAACAAGGAAACAGCAACUUUUACUUUCAGCAAAAGCAGCAAUCAUCACAACCGCAAGAGCCCACUACUGCCACUGGUAGUGGUGGUGCUGGUGUAAACAACAAUAACAAUUAUAAAUCAAUUUUCGGAAAUGAUCUUGUGGAACAAGCAAAAGCAGAAAACUUGUUAGUACCUUGUAUCAUUUCUCACUGUAUAAAGGAAAUUGAAUCAAGAGGUCUAGAUGUAGAAGGCAUUUACAGGAAAUCGGGUACCUACGCUCAAGUGAAAGAGCUUCAAAAGGAGUUUAACCGAGAGAAUCCAGAUCUUUCGAAAUAUGAUGAUGUGAAUGUGAUUACGAGUUUAUUGAAAUUGUACUUUAGAGAAUUAUCUGCACCGUUGAUUCCAAAUUAUUUCAUACUGCCUUCUUCUUUAACAGAUCAGGAACGACUAAACAAGACAUAUGCAAUACUUCAUCAACUUCCUCUGGAAGUAUACAGCACAGUUAAACAGCUUGUGCAACAUUUAAAAAGAGUCCACCAGCAUCAAUCAACGAAUCGCAUGAAUUCCAGGAAUCUAGCUGUUGUGUUUGGACCAACUUUGAUGAGAUGUUCAAAUGGUGAUCAACGAAUGCAGGAUAUUAUCCAAACAGUCGACUUUUUAAUACAACAAAGUCAUAUUUUGUUUGCUGACUAUUAGCACAUACACUGUGCUAUAGAUUUGUAAAUCACAGAUAUCCCCCGUUACCCCCAAUUCAAAUCGUUCUAUUUACCAUUUACCUGUAGUUUCUCAUCUAACCCUUAUUUUACUUUACUUUUACGUAUUUUAUACUUUGAUUUUCAAUAAAAUAGUAACACUC